UCUAAAAGCAAACUGAGCACCAUGAGACUAAGCCCGUGUCUUCUGAUCAUUUUGGCUGUUUGUUGCUAUGAAACUAAUGCUGGCAAUGUCUGUGAUGCUGUUUUUCGUGAAAGCGUGACCUUCAUUCUAGGAAGUAAGGAAAACCUGAGGAAGGAACUUGAGCAAUAUUCUGCCCCUCCCGAGGCUGUUAAGGCAAAACUGGAGGUGAAGCAAUGUGUAGACCAGAUGGGAUACGGAGACAGACUUAAAGUAGCAGAAGUACUGAUAUACGUUUCACUUAGAUGUCAGAAAGGAUGGCUGGCAAAAGAUAUUUUUGAUAUUCCAGGGGAAAGUAUUUGAACUAAUUUUCCCUGCUUAAUGUGAAGGUUUCAAUGUCUUGUACUAAUAAAUUACACUCCGUGCAUGCAA